AUGAUCAUUGAUGAUCGUAUGGUUAUAUGUGGUAGUGCAAAUAUAAAUGAUCGUUCAUUAGUUGGUAACCGUGAUAGUGAAUUUUGUAUUGUAAUAAAUGAUCUUGAAGAAGAAGAUGGUCGAUUUAAUGGUCAACCAGUUCGUGUAGGAAAAUUUUGUUCUAGUUGGCGUAAAAAAAUCUUUGAGAUGUUAUUAGGUAUUCAAUUCGAGAAUCCAAAUAAUGUUGAUAUAACUGAUCCAGUAUCAGAUGAGUUCUAUUCUUAUUUUCAAAAUGUAGCAAAACAAAAUACACUCAUUUAUGAAGAAGUUUUUGCUACAAUGCCUACUGAUCGUGCUAGAACAUUUGCUCAAGUUACUGCAUAUAAUGACAUGCCUAAGAUGAAAGAUACUGAUCCGAUAGAAGCACAACAAAAACUGAAAGACAUUCAAGGUUUUAUUGUCGAAUAUCCACUUUAUUUUCUUGAUGAGGAAAACUAUUUACCUAGUUGGACAUCCCGCGAAGGUAUAGCACCAUUGAUAAUAUGGACAUAG